AUGCUACGGCGGCACCGCGGCGUUUGCGCGCCUGCGGUCGAGUUCAGGGGCCUGAAAGAUCCCGCGGGCCGGCUUGGCCAGCGACCUGGUUAUAGACUGCUGCCCCAGGUUCGGACUCUUCCAAGUGGAGGGGCAGAGACAGGAGCGGGUGGGAGUCCUGGCUGCUUCCGAGGAGAUGCCUGCACAAACUUGUGUGCCUCCAAGUUAACUUCUCCCUGGGACUCGCGGCUUGGAGAAUCUUGGAAGCUGGAGUCCCGGUGGAGGUGGGCGGGAAGCGGGGCUGGGGACAGGGAAGGGGCGGAGAGAAGGCCGGGGACGGGGCGGGACCCUAAAGGGCGUGCGGGGUUGGGCUAG